AUGACCCAGGAUAAACCAGCUGUCGUCUGUGUCUUCUGCGGCUCCACUGAGGGCAAUGAUCCGGUACAUCUCGAAGCGGCUCAGGAUUUGGCCUACGAAUUCCAUAAGAACAAUGUUCAAUUAGUGUACGGGGGCGGAAACACAGGCCUAAUGGGUGAGAUUGCUAAGAAAUUGGUCUCAUUAUCUGGGCCAGAGGCUGUGCAUGGUGUUAUUCCACAAGCAAUGGUUCAAGCAGCCGCAAGUCACGGUACCGACGAGAACGAUGACGAGACCGCGGGAGGCAAGGCCGCCGAGCGAGUUGUAUCAAAACCACUGGACGGAAACCACAUUGACGAGUUAACAUUCGGCCUUACGACGAUUGUCCAGGAUAUGCACACGCGGAAGCGGCUAAUGGCCACAAAGGUCCUGCAGGGCGGGCCUGGGUCCGGGUUCGUGGCGUUGGCCGGCGGAUUUGGGACCAUUGAGGAGAUAAUGGAGAUGACAACAUGGAACCAGCUAGGUAUCCACCAUGUUGGGGUUGUACUAUUGAAUGUUAAUGGUUACUGGGAUGGACUUCUGGCGUGGGUGCGGACUGCCGUACAACAGGGGUUCAUCAAUAGUGAAAACGGCUCCAUACUGAUUGAGGUGCAGGGUGUGAAGGACGUAUGGCCCAGGCUGGUGGAAUAUCGAUGCAGCUCUAAACGAUACCAACUGAACUGGAGUCAAGAGUGA